AUGUGCAUUUUGAGGGGGUCUGGCGUACCGAUAAACGGUUGCUGGGUUAAAUAUAUAGAGUGUUAUCAGUGAUGACGUGAUCCAGAUUCAGUUGAUUUCUGCCUUGGGGACAUAAACCUUGCGUUUGCUUUAUAAUUUCACAACUUUUGGGCUUUAAAGGCCAUCGCAGCCCGUCUCCAGACUAUUCAUCGGCUCCAGAGUCCGUCCAUACAAUGGCUUUUCAUGCACUGGGAUUCAAACCUACCAUGCAAAACUUAAGACAAUCUGAGUUAUGACACACAUGGGUGUAACCUUGCUACAAUUUUGUCAGCAUGCAAGACUCAAAUACAUGGUGUAAUGUGUAUUUCUACAUCAUGUAGCAUGGAUUUUUACAGUCUGAUUCAGUGCAGACACAUGCCUGGAUCCAUAGGGAAGAUCAAGGAUCUGCUUGGUUUCUAUGGUAACAACAUUCGGGGAUCUGAUUCUGGGAUGUUCUGGGGGUUCCAGGCAUAUAUCUGGUCCUAUGAAUGAUGAAUAUCCAGUAUGGGUGCCUUCACUUGUCAAAGCACUUUGAUGUAUACCAGUGGAAGCUGCAGCCCAGCCCAAGAUAAGAUACAGUUGCAGAAAUGGCAAGAUUCUGGAAAUUGAGAUCAGCUGUUGAGUGCCUGUGUGGUGCUGAGAGCUGGGCACCAAUAAGUCAACAUGGCUGCUGAAAUAAAGCCAGCUGUGGGUGGAGCAAGAGCCACUGGUGAACGCAAGCUCACUCUCUUGGCUAAGGUGGAGGGCUUCAGUGAUGAAGUUCAUGAUGCUGUUUUUAUCGAUGGGGAAGAUGGCAUCAUCAGUGCAUCAGACGACAAGUCGGUGCGCGUCUGGCUGCGCCGCGACACGGGUCAGUUCUGGCCGAGCGUCUGCCACUACACGCCCUCGCCGACCACCUGCCUCUUCUACCACGCCGCCUCGCACCGGCUCUUCGUCGGUCUGGACAACGGCACUGUCUGCGAGUUCCACCUGGCGACCGACUUCAACCGGCUGUCGCCGGUGCGCGACUACCUGGCGCACCAGGCGCGCGUCACGGCCUGCGUGCUCUGCCCGGCCAGCGAGUGGGUGCUGAGCGUCAGCCGCGACAAGGCCUUCCAGUACCACUGCACGGAGACGGGCCGCCGCAUCGGCGGACACCAGACCGACGCCUGGUGCACCGCCAUGCAGUACGACGCCACGUCGAAGCACGUGUUCAUCGGCGACUACUCCGGCCAGAUCACGAUGCUGAAGCUGGACGACUCGGGUGCCACGCUCAUCACCAAGCUGAACGGCCACACCGGCAGCAUCGGGGCGCUGGCGUGGGACGCGCAGCGUCAGUGGCUGUUCUCGGGCAGCUUUGACCAGAACAUCAUCGUCUGGGACAUCGGAGGACGCCAGGGCACCGCUUACGAGCUCCAGGGUCACACGGCCAAGAUUCUGUCGCUGUGCUACCACAGCGGGUCCCGUCAGCUGCUGUCGGCGUCCGAGGAUGGCUCCGUCGUCGUCUGGAACAUGGCCGCCAGCAGGAGGGAGACGCCGGCCUGGAGCGAGUCGGACGUGUGCCAGCUGUGCGAGAGACCGUUCUUCUGGAACAUCCGCGCCAUGUACGACAACAAACAGCUGGGCUUGAACCGCCAACACCACUGCAGGAGCUGCGGCCGCGCCGUCUGCGACCCGUGCAGCUCCAAGCGCUGUACGGUGCCGCCGAUGGGCUUCGAGCUGCCGGUGCGCGUCUGCGACCCGUGCUUCGGCACAGUGACGGCGGCCGGCCACGCGCCGCUCGCCUCCAUCCACGAGGCCAAGCACCGGGUGGCGGGCGGCGCGCUGGACACUGCCCGCGGCCGCUACCUCACCGUCGGCCAGGACCGUCUCGUCAAGAUCUGGGAGCUGGCGCCGGCCGGCUAGGCGCCGCCCGGUGCCCGUCGCGCCGAGAGGGGGCGCAGGGAGAGUGUCGAGGUGUUUGGCUCGGCGGGCAGCGGCAGGGCGCGGGAGGGAGUCGGCUUUCAAAUACCCACCGUCUGCGCGAGCGGUGAACAGAGUGAUCCGCGGCCCAGGAUCGACCGCGACAGAUUCGGCUGCAUAUCGGGGGUCGGUGCGGACAGCGAUCGGUCGGGCCGAGGCACAUACAAGGCGCCUGUCGACAGUCCGGGCCGAAACGGGUGGCACGUCGCGGAACAUAUCACCCGUCUUGUACGGCGCUGGACAGUCUCGGCACCUGUCAACAGUCGUGGGCCACCGCAGGCAGGCGACGGGUCACGUGGUCCGCCGCCUCUCACGGCCGAGCGAUGGCGACUGCGAGCAUAGCCUGACCUGAGCCGGUGGCGGGUCACGUGACCCGUCACCGGCUUGGGCCUCGGAGCGUUGCCUCGCCACGAGCUGGCGCUUAGGCCGAGCGCGGCGCUGGGGACUCGGACGUCCCGCUUUCGCGGCUGCUGACGCUCGCCGGCCGCGCUUGCUUCCAUCGCCCCCGCGCCGUCGCUUCUGGCUCGUGUCUGC